GGUCAUUGUUAUGUACUGAGCUGAAUCCUAGAACAAUAGGAUUCAGAAUCAGCGGGAGCUACCCAAUCCAACUCCAGGUGGAAGUGAAUCCGCAACCUGAUUGGCCUGCUGGAGCAGCCAAUCAGGCGGCUGGCAGAAGUGAAUCUGCUACCUGAUUGGCCUGUAGGAGCAGCCAAUCAGGCUGCAGGCAAAAGUCAAUCCACAAUAUAAUUGGCCCACAGGUGUAGCCCUGAAGUAGCCAAUCACGCAAGGCCCAUUGUGUAAAUAAUGUAUAUAAGCAGAUGGUUUUGGGAAAAGAGCCAUUCGUCUUCUCUUCUCCUCCUUGAUGACUAUGAGCUGAAUAAAGAGCAUGAAAUUCACUCUUGACUCCGAGUAUAUUUCAGUCAUGCUGAGGUGAGAAGAGCACAAUGAAUCCUUAUGGGGAGUUUGGAAAGUUACUGAGGAUCACAAGACUGAGAGGAGGGGGAUGUUUGAUGAGAGGGACAUGUGACAGGUAUGGGAUGUGAGAGAUGUGCCACUAGCCACCAUAGCUGCCAAGUUAUCCCUUUUUUUUAAGGGAUUUUCCCUUAUGCUGAAUAGGCUUCCUCGUGAGAAAAGGGAAAACUUGGCAGCUAUGCUAGCCACUUCCUCUAUGGCGGAGAAGUUAGGGUGUUGGCAGGAAGUGACCUGUACCUGUACAUGUUUAUGCAUGAGGUUUGCUCUGUGAUUGGCUGGAAGUUACAUCGUGAGUUAAUGUUUACCUGUCAAAGCUGCUGCUAAUAAAUACAGACCCCCAAGCUCUGGCUGGGGUUGUUCUUUUGGAACUCAGCCUUGUCUUAAUCUCGUUGUUGGAUCUAACCAUUACUACGAUUCGAUGGUUUAUUUCUGUAGACCGUGGCAUCAUUAAAGUUGGCAUAACUUUCAGUAUUGUUGCGGCUUUAAAAUUCAGGUCUCUUCUACUGAGUAUUAUGGCUACUCUUCAAGAUUUUCCUCAUCCGGAUGCUACCCAUUUUUGCUUGAAGUUCACUCAGGAGUCUGUUUCCUACAGGGGACAGCGACGUACCCUGUUCCCACCUCCUCCUCUGGCUUCGCCUCCUCUUUCGCCUACCGGUACCUGCCCUGACUAAGGCAGAGGAGGAGCCAAGCCAUAAAGCGCUCCCCUCCGCGUGCGGAGCUGCAAAAGACGCAAGGGGAAGAGAGACACGGAGGCUCAGUGUGUUAGCCUGACACCAUGGUGGGUGAAGAAAAUAUCUCCGUAAGGAACCGCCGAUCAACUUAUGAGACUGCAGAAGAGAAAGGACACUUGUCAAAGAGACUUGAAGCAGACUGGUCUUUCCCACAAUCAAGCAAUGGUCGUGUUGACGUUGACCAUUUGGUCACUCGAAAGAUGCAACUUUUGGUGGAGGCUGAGCAAAUGAAACCAGCUUUCAUGCAGCGGAUCGACAGCCACUUUACAGAAUUCGUAAAUGGCUUGAUUGCGAAGUCCGUUCAGCUGGAGUCUUCGCCCCCUGCCUUCUCAGCCGAGAAAGACGGUGGCUUCAAAAGCAAAGGAUCAAGAGCAUCUCUAGAACACGGAAAAGUUUUUGUUGCUAGAAAGUCUGCCUUGGAUGAACUAUUUGAAGUGGAAGACAUCCGGACCAUACAUCACAUGUUCAUUGCUUUCUUCAUCUUGAUCAUUCUCAGCACCCUCAUAGUAAACUUUAUUGAUGAAGGAAGGUCGGUGCUGGAGUUUGAUCUCCUGGUCUACACUUUUGGCAAAGGUUCUGUCGUUGCUUCCACUUGGCUUUACAUGUUCCUGUUCACCCUGACUGUGCCCUAUGGGCUGUUCCUGCUGUGGGCCCAGGGCUACCAUGGUUCCUCCCACAAGACAAUCCGCUCCACUUUCUUUGGGGGUCUCUUCAUGAUCUUCCAGAUAUUUGGGCUUGGAGUGGGACCAGCUUACAUAGCCAUUGUCUACAAUUUACCACCAGCCUCUGCUUUCAUAGUGAUACUUGAGCAGGUGCGUCUGCUGAUGAAAAUCUACUCUUUUAUCAGGGAGAAUACUCCUCGAAUACUUUCCUUUAUGCCACAGAAAACAAACACCAUCCAGGUUCCUAAAGUUUCCCAGUACCUGUAUUUCCUCUUUGCUCCCACCCUUAUUUACAGAGACGAAUAUCCCCGAACUCCUACAAUAAGAUGGAGCUAUGUAGCUACCAUGUUUGCACAGGUCCUUGGGUCACUCUUCUAUACUUCUUAUUUAUGUGACAAACACCUUUUACCUGCAUUUCGGAACUAUAGUCGAGAGCACUUUAAUGUACGAGAGCUUGUCCUUUGCAUCUUCAACACCAUACUUCCAAGUACAUUGAUGACAAUAUUCUUAUAUUUUUUGCUCUUUCACUGCUGGCUGAAUGCUUUUGCUGAGAUGCUGCGCUUUGCUGACAGAAUGUUCUACAAGGACUGGUGGAAUUCUACAUCUUAUGCAAGGUACUUCCGAACCUGGAAUGUGGUGGUGCAUGACUGGCUGUAUUACUAUGCAUACAAAGAUUUCCUUUGGUUAUUUGGGGGAAAAUCCAAAGCAGUUGCUAUGCUGUCAGUCUUCACCCUUUCUGCUAUUGUGCACGAAUACGUCUUGGCCGUCUGCCUUGGUUACUUCUAUCCGGUCCUGUUCUGCAUCUUCAUGGGUUUUGGAAUGGUUUUCAACUUCAUUCUCAAUGACCGUCGGAAAGGCCCCAUUUGGAAUGUGAUCCUGUGGAGUACGUUCAUCCUUGGCCUGGGUAUCUUAUUUUGCCUCUACACCCAGGAAUGGUAUGCCCAUAAGCACUGCCCUUUGGAAAAUCCCACUUUCCUUGACUAUGUGAAACCGCGUUCCUGGACUUGCCAUCUUAAGGUCUAACACCCUUUGGGAUAUCCCUCUGCGUCAAGGCCUGAAGAUGUUUGUCUUUUAAACAAUGACAAGAAGUUGGGCUAGCGUGUUAAAAUGACAGCAGACUUUUUAAAGGGAAACUGUCUUUAGUUAAGGCAAAUGAUGGCAUUUUGUCACUCAAGGCAGCUAGGACUACAGGUGGCUUGGCAGAUGGUUCUCUUUCCUUUGGCAGCUCCAACCUGAGCUGGUUAUGAAACCUACUGAAAGGUUGGUGAAGGAAUUUCUGGUGAAGACUUUUGCCUAUUGCAAACAGUACUUUUUGUGUUACUGUCUGAAGUUGGCUGUACAGUGCUACCUUGGUUUAAGAACAGCUUAGUUUAAGAACUUGGAUUAAGAAUGCUGCAAACCUGGAAGUAGGUGUUUUGGUUUGUGUACUUUGCCUUGCAAUAAGAACAUGUUUUGCUUCCUAUUGUCCCCCGCUGCUAUGGGAAAGCACGCCUUGGUUUGGUGCUGUCUGCUACUAAGGGCUGUAUCAUUCUCAUUUUGACCAGAACCAGUGUCUUCAUGGGUUCCUACUCUCUAGCUAAGGACCCAACUGGACUUGAUGUUGUUUAUGCAAUUAGUUCUUUGGAAAAUAAAUAGCAUCUGUCGAGCCCCAAUGUGGAUUGGAAUUGUGGAAUAGGGCUGAGGAGCUUUAACAGUAGGGUCCCAGUUUUGAUCAGGGGAAACCCACAGUGGGUGAGUGGAAAACUCUCCUUGGCACCAAUCAUAGGCGCACAAAAUAAAUAUAAAACUGUACUUUUAUUAUUCUGUGGCCCUAUCAACCACCAGACACAAUUUUCCUGUGGGCCAGAUGCAGCCCAUGAACUGCCAUCUGGUCAGCAUUCCUGUAUCAAUAUACUUCCAGGGUUAAAUUGCUAUAAACAGCUAAAGGUCCCCUUUUGCUCCAUGUCCAGUUUUAAGUUUUUGGAUUCCUCACUCAUGAUUUCUGUAGCGAUUUGGAGGGCGAAUGCAGUUUGUGUUGAAGAACCUAGAGCAGGCAUCCCCAAACUUCGGCCCUCCAGAUGUUUUGGACUACAAUUCCCAUCUUCCCUGACCAUUGGUCCUGCUAGCUAGGGAUCAUAGGGGGUUGUAGGCCAAAACAUCUGGAGGGCCGCAGUUUGGGGAUGCCUGACCUAGAGAGUGUGUUGACUUGAAAUGAUCAUACUGCUCCACUUCUACUCAUGUAAAAACAUGCUGAUUCCUGGACCGCCUGCGGGCCGGAUUCAGAAGGUGAUUGGGCCGCAUCCGGCCCCAGGCCUUAGUUUGGGGACCCUGUUAUAGACGCAUCCUUUCCAAAAAGCUUUUUGCUUUUGGUCUUAAAUUGUCUAUGAUGGCACUGUAAUUGUCAUUAUAAAAUGGCCUGGAUCCACCCAAAGAAUUUUCAUCGCAUUGUGUCCUUUUCUGCUGUUUGUUUAAAGAGAACCCCCCAAACAUCUGUCUUCAGAAUAUAAUUUGAGAAUUUUAUCAAAUAAAUCCUGUUGUCUUUGGGAAAUAUGUGUACUUUUUUCUAAGGGGGAUGUUUGGGAAGAUAAAUAUACUAAUUGUAGUCAACCUCAUGCUUUGGGACUGAAUCUGUGAAUGUAAACUGGAUGGGCACAACAUGGUUGUAAAUCUCUUGUGAAUGAUCUACACAACUGACUAACCUUUGUACCUCUGUGACAAGGCAUCCUGUUAGUUUGAAAGGUGCUGGAUUGCAAGGCUGUAGUUUUACUCUUUUCUCAGAGUGAGCAAUGGAAAAAAUUUCUUGCACAGACUGUGGUGAGAAGAGGACCUUAAACCGUACUUGACACUGGAAUGGUAUCGCCAAGCCUCACUUGCAUCUUUUUGUAAUAUGGAGAACAUUGUGAGUCAGGGAAGGUUGUUGAUGGUGAGAUAUAGAAUUGUUAACUGAUUCCAAAAUGUAUUGAACUGUCUGUUGUGACCUAUUCUGUUACUUGCAAGGGAUUAUGUGAUCUAUACUGUACUACGGAAAUUGAAAUAUAUUUUGCUAUUCAUGAAACUUGUCUGCCUGCAUUCAUUCCAGCCACGAUGUACUGCACCUAGACAAUGAACUGGUUGAAAGUAUGAUAUUCUCCAUUGUAUGUUUUUGUUUUAUGGUGUUUUAUGGUGGCAAGCCAAUAUAUCAGGGUUUCCCCCCCCCACUAAACCCCCUCUUUGUUUCUGCCGCUCUGUGUGAAAGCCAAAUGCUUUGUGUGGCAAUGUC